AUUUGAUGGAAGUUACACCAUUUGAGUUGAGUUGGGUUGGUGGUUUAAAGAAGGUCAAAUCAUUUUGAUAAACGAAGCAAUAAUUAAUUGAUUUGGUUGCCACCAUUAUAUCCUAAAAAGCUUUCAUAGAAUUCGCCCCCUCCAUUCUCACUUCUCUCUCAACCUUCACACACACCGCAGUCUUUCUUUCAAACGAUUUUCCGGUGAUUUUUUAGACCACCGGCUAUCAACUCCGGCAAGGUGGUAAACACAUGUAAGCUGGAAUCAUUCUCAGAUCCGUAGUUUGAAGGUGGUGGGAUUAAGAGAAGUUCUGGAUAAAGACAAGAUUUAUGGUGUGCCCAAAUGAGAAGAACUGAUGUUAUUAGCAGUGGAAGGAGGAAGGUUUUUCUCCUCCUCAGCUUCGGGGUAUAGCAACGGUUUGAACCUUUUGCUAUUGGGUCAUAAAAAAGAGGAGAAACCCAUGAGAGUUACACCGUGGAAUCAAUAUCAUUUGGUGGACCAAGAAUCCGAUCCUGAUCCUGAUCCUGAUCACCAACUGGCUGCCAAUAACAAGCGUUGUGUCUGCGGGUGUGCUUCCUUUUCCUGCUUUGGUCACUCUGCUGCAGGAAUUGAGAGCCCCUCUAUCGGACCCACCCACCAACAUGUUCUUAAAGCAUCUUGUGAUUUAGAAAAAGUCGAAGAAACCCUUCCUACUUCAGAUUUUGUGGGUGGUGAUGGUAAUAGCACAAAUGUAACUUGUCUUAAAAGCAGCUUGAAGAGACCUGCCAUAGGUGGGGUUAAUAAUGGUGAUGAGGUUGAAAAUGCUCCGGGCCAAAUAGAUAGAAGGAGCGUGCAAUGGACAGAUGUUAGUGGAGGAGAACUUGUUGAGAUUCGGGAAUUUGAACCCAGUGAACACAGUGAUUCAGAUGAUGAGUUUGAACACAGUAGCGGGAAAACAUGUUCGUGCAGGAUUAUGUAGUUUCAAGUUGUAGCUACACCAAACCAAACACAUAGCGAUGGACAUUUAUACAACCAACCAAUCAGAUUUGUUGUAGAUGAUGGACGUUGGACUCUCUCUCUCUCUCUCACACACACACGUUGUGUGUGUGUGUGAUUGUGUGUGAGAGAGAGUCUAUGUUUGUCAUUUACAAUAAAGAAAUAUGAUGGGGGUGGUUGUAUGAACAACUUGUGAUGAUAUGAUAUGAUAUGGUAGUAGUAACUGGUAAGGAGUGAGUGACUUGUGUUUAUAUUCCAGUUUUGUUUUCUUUCUAAUUUGUUCUUUAACGCGGUGGUUUUAU